GUUGUCAGUAAUUCCGAUGUAAAGUCCAGUCCAAGAAACAGUUUAGUGUUAUUUGGUUUAGCAGCCUGAAGAGUGCAAGAACAAAACCGAAACGUUAAAUUCCCGCCUUCCAGCUACCUCCGGGCGAAUGAAUGGAAUCUUUGGAUGUGUUCUGUCUCCUCAAAUCGUGCAACAAUUAACCACACCGAAAUGGAUGGAAAGUGUGAAGAAAUGUAUUUACAGAAUCUUGAAGAAUUCGUUAUGGAUGAAGAUAAAAUAGUCACUUAUAAAUGGCUAAGCAAGACCCUGAAUAUCCAUGUGAAUCAAUCAAAACAACUACUGUACACAUUCUGUAAGGAUAAAAAAGACCUUGUGUCUGCAACAUUUUUAAUAGCAGGAAAGCUACGAUGCAAUGGAGAAUGCCACAUGGUUGUUGUUGGGCAAGAUCAAUAUGAGGAAAUGAAAUUGUCGUUUGAGUCUCUCUCGUCCGAGCAUGUUUACAGCAUUCAGAGAGCAAAGAAAACUCCGUCCUUAAGCACUCUCUACACUGUGAACACUCAACCUUUCGAUGAAAAAGAAGGUGUUGAAAGCCUGGGAGCUAUUAGGUGCAAAGAGAGUGUGCGGAGAGCUGCUGAAGAAUUAGCGCUCCUUAGAAUUACUGUUCCCCCUCCAGCACCUGCCAAAGUUGUACCGAAACAAACACAGUCUGCUGCUUCCUCGUCUAAAGAAUCUGAAAAGGUGUCACCCCUCAAAUCAAAGUCUGAAGAAAGAAAUGGGAAAGAACCUGCAACCAAAGACAAGGCAAAGGGAGGCCUUGCGGCAAUGUUUGCAGCCCAAACUUCAAAGGCCUCGAAAUCAACUGCUGCGUCUUCCUCAACAACUAAAAAUAACACAGCAGGCAAGAAAACAGGCGGUAUAUCAAAUUUCUUUAGCAAAGUCAGUAAGGAAGAACCCACUGAAAAAUCCAGUAAACCAGAUGGAAACAAAGAACCUACAGUGAAGACCUGUGAAGAGGAGUCUGUUGAUGUGGAAAAUGUAUCAGAAGAGGCGAAAGAGAUCUGUGAUGACAUACCAUCUAAACAUUCUAGCUCUGUAACUGCUAAAGUUGAGAAGAAGCCCAGCCCAGAGUCCAAGAGUAAACAAACACCUAAGGCAACCAAACAGAAUAAAAAGAAAAGAGUUAAGGCACAGGAAAAGAAGGAUGAUGGAAAGAAGAGGAAACGUAUCAGGCAAAUAUCUGAUAGUAGUGAUGAUGAUAUUUUUGACGAAGAAGAAGAUAAAGUAUCAUCACGAGAGCCAUCUCCAGUGCCAGUGCUUGAAGCGAAAGCUCUGGAAUCAGACGAGGAGGACGAUGUUAUACCCCCUACUCCAGACGCAGGGAGCAGUAGUGGUCGGGUCCGCCGGAAAAGGAAAGUCAAUAAAGACAAAACCUUUAUGGAUGACGAUGGAUAUGUUGUUACACAGAAGGUUACUGAAUAUGAAAGCUACAGUGAAAGUGACACCGAAAAUCAAGAGUCCAAAAAGAUGAAGGAACCACCAUCAACAGCGUCAAGCAAAGAAUCCCCUUCCUCCUCCAAAAGCAAAACAAAGAAAGGCAAAGCCCCUGCUAGUAAGAAACCAUCUCCAAUCAAAAACAAGUCCCCUGCCAAGAACAAACAACAAUCAUUAAUGAAUUUUUUCAAGAAAAAGGAUUAAGCAAAUCAUGGUGAGCAUCACCAAGCAUUCCUGUUUGGUUUCUAUUGCUGUUAUUCUUAAAUAUGAGUAGUCUUCCUUCAUCAAGUCUUUGCCAACUCUGCAUGAUUGUGAUGGCACAUUGUGGUGUCCAUUUUAAUUUCAGUUGUCCUGUAAAUGUACUGUGAGAAAUUUUUAUAAGGCCAGGUUGUAAUUGCAGUUUUAAACUAUGGUUAAAAGUGAUACUUAAUACAACAUUUUUAGAAAUCUA